UUGUUUAUUUUGUUCACCCUUCAAGACAAGAAGUAAAAGAAGUAUAAUUUCUGUAGUAACCAAUGCUAUAAAAACACUGAAGACUGCUUAUUUCUUUAAAAAGACCCAUCUUACAACUAUCAAAUUCAAUAAGAAGCCUAAGCACUAAAAUAUUUCAGGCUUUAUUUUAAAGGCAAGUGAGACUGCUUCAAGUAGAACAACUUCAAGCUUCCAAGAAACAGUUAAGAGAAGGCAGAGACGAGCAGAAAUACCACUUCACUAACACACGGUUGCCAUGGAUCUGCAUAAGCAAUGGGAGAACACAGAGACUGACUGGCACAAGGAAAAGAUGGAGUUACUGGACCAGUUUGACAAUGAACGGAAGGAAUGGGAAAGCCAAUGGAAGAUAAUGCAGAAAAAGAUAGAAGAGCUUUGCCAUGAAGUAAAGCUUCGGAGGAAAAUCAACAUGAAGGAACGUGCUAAGGUCAUUAAUUUUGAUCGUGAGAAGGCCAUUCAAGAUAAAGAGGUGGAAUCUUCUCCAAAUUAUCUCAAUUCAGGGCAGUGUGAAUUUACAGGGAUGAAUCACAGGAAUGAUCUGGAAAAAGAAAAUAAAACAGAGCAGAGCUUACUCAGUGAAGGAAAUCAAAUAUGUAAGGAACAAAAAGCAACAAAAAAAUCAAAAGUAGGGUUUAUGGAUCUUUUGGCCACAGACAAUCAAAAGGACUGUGAGAUCUGGCCUGACCUGAGGACUUCUGAGGAAGCAAGCAAGGGCUGUUCUGUUGCCCUCAACACAGCUCUUGAAGAACUUGCCAAAGUUAGUGAAGAAUUAUGCAGCUUUCAAGAGGAAAUUCGAAAGAGGUCCAACCACAGAAGGAUGAAGUCAGAUUCUAUUCUCCAAGAAAUGCCAAAUGUAAUUAAUCUGCCUCAUGGAGACCACAUGAUCAACAAUGGCCAGUACAUUCUUCCAAUCAAUUCAGAAGAUGAAAAGCAGAAAAAUAGAAAGAAUCUGAGCUGUACUGAUAUGCUGCAAAGCAAUUUUAUGAAAAAAUGUGGAACUGAUACAGUUGAUCUACAAAGAAAUGAAACUCCACCUGUUCCUCCACCAAGAAGCACAUCUCGAAAUUUUCCCAGCUCAUAUUCUGAACAAGCACAUGAAAGUCUGAAGGAAAGUUUAGACCACAACAACUGGGUGGCCCAUGAGGGUCAAGGUGAAAGGAACUGCAGUCCUCAUUUCCUUUUGAGGAAUGAUGGAAUGUCUACACUGUGUUUAAAUGAAGGGAAGACUAUGAAAGAUGGUAUUAUGUUUUCUUCUUUGGCACCAGAAGACAAAAUAGAUAACAAGCCUCCAUGUAAUGAAAAUGUUGGAUGGGGCAUAUGGUCAUGCGACACGGUGAUAGGUGCAAAAAACAGCCCCUCUACCUUGUGGUUUCAGAAAACCUGCUCUACUCCCAAUAAGUCAAAAUAUGAAAAGAUGAUACUAGAUCACCCUGCUAAAUCUCAUCCUGACCUUUAUCUAAGCAAUGACUAUAGCUCCUUGGUGACACAGAGCAGUGGCCCACUUAGAAGUUUCAGUUGUGGCUUUGAUAGGACUACUAGGAAUGAAAAGCUGGCAGCAAAGACUGAUGAAUUUAAUAGAACCGUAUUUAGAACAGAUAGAAACUGUCAUGCAAUACAGCAAAAUCAAAGCAAUUCAGAAUCAUCUCAAGAUCUUAAGCCCUGUGAUACCUUAAUUACAGGUAACAUAUCAGAAAAUGACAAUGUGUCUGACAUCCUGAAAACCAGUGCCCACAUGACUGUACCUAGUGAAAAUGUGCCUGAUAAUCCCACCAAAAAAUCCACAACAGGCCUAGUCAGACAAAUGCAGGAACACAUAAAUCCUAGCAAUUACAGGAAUAUGCUCCACGAGCAUGACUGGAAACCAAGUAAUUUAUCUGGCCGACCAAGAUCAGCUGAUUCUAGGUCAAAUUAUGGUGUUGUGGAAAAGCUGCUGAAAACCUAUGAGAUGUCAACAGAAUCUGCAUUGCAAAAUUCUAAAUGCUUUCAAGAUAAUUGGACCAGAUGUAAUUCUGAUGUUAGUGGUGAGGCCACGUUGAGUCACCAUUUAGAAAUGCUCCAAAUAGAACAAGAGCUUCAGCAAAAGACAUCUAUGUGUGGGGUACAGCAAGUGAAGCAAGGAAUAGAUUGGAAAAAGAUAACAGAGGAAUCCAUGGCCGUGAAAUCCUCACAGGGAAAAGGUUUUUCCCGACCUGCUAGACCAGCAAAUCGCCGUCUCCCAUCCAGAUGGGCAUCCAGAUCUCCAUCGGCACCCCCUGCCCUGCGAAGAACUGCCCACAACUAUACUUUUUCUCUGAGAUCUGAAGCAUCGAUGGUCUGAGUCUCUGGCCUGGAUUGUUAGAUUACAAAAGUCCCAUUUGCCAAACAGAGCAUUCUGAGUGUUUGCAGCCAAUCGUGUCUCUUAUGUAUCUUUUGACAUUACUGGGACAAACGAUUUAAAUCUUAACUUUCCAUCAGUCUUCAGUGUUUUUAAUCUAUGGAAUAAUUAUCUUCCUGUAUGUUGAUUUCUUAGAUCAGAAUUUUUUAAUGCCAUCCUCAUUAAUUUGCCAAUAUGAUUUAAGUAGAAACAAUGUACUAUAUUGUAUAUUCUAACUUUCUUGCAAGCUGCAGAAAGCAAGGUUAUGUGCAUGGCCAUGUGUUUGUAGGUGCAUGUGUUGAAAUAGGAAGUACCUUAGUAUCUAUUUAGAUAAGAAAAUUUAUGUGCUAGUGUUGACUUUGAAAUUAUAACAUGUAUACAUA